CAUUUUCGAUGGCAAUGCAAAAGACGUAAUAAUUGAUCUUGCCAUAAUGCUCUGGAAGUAAUUGAGUAUUUUCUGUUCCACGCGCUCAAAAUUGAUCGUGACACACUUUGAGUUAUGUUGCAGAAUCGUGUUUUAAGUGGCGGAGAUAAAUAGUUUAUGCUGCCGUGUUUAACUCAGUAUUAAGUAAUGUCGUUAACAAUAGAACAAAUAAUUAUUGAUGCGAAGCGACUGGCAGGCCGAUUAAAGGAAAGAGAUUCGAUAGCAGACACGUUGUUAACAGAAACGCACGCCAUCAAUAAAAGGAUUGAUGCUAUGAAACAGUUCCAAGAAGAGGUGGAAAAAUUAAAUGAGGUGGCGAAUCAGAAACCACAUUCACAGUUGAUAGCAAACAUACAAAAAGAAAACCGUCAUUUGCGUGAAAUCCAGCAAGAAAAUAAAGAAUUAAAAUCUGCUUUGGAGGAUUAUCAGCAUGCAAUAGAACACAUUAUGACGAAAUAUCGAGAACACACCCAAGAGCAGGUGUACAAGUCUCAUAUAGACUUUAAGUCAUUUCAGGAUCAAAGAUACCAGUAUAUUAUUGAAAGGCAAGCUGAAAAAAUUGAGGAAAUGGCCGCUAUAAUGGACCGAGUGGCAUCAUCUGACGAGAAUAUUGAAUUUCAUUAUGAAGAAGUUGUUUCUAAAUUGAAAACGGAGAAUCAGGGUUUGCGAGAGUUAUUGCAACUAUCCCAGAGACUGAGUGUAGAAAAUACUGAAGACAAAGACGUCCAAACAGAUUCUUCAUCUUAAUAUUAUCAUUAUCGGUUAUACAUUGUUGAUUUUUUUUAGAUUUUCUAUUUUG